GGGCUCGUGGGCCCGGCGUGGCUAUGGCGGAGGCGGCGCUGGACGCCGUGCGAAAGCAUUUAUCAGAAUUUCCAAAUGCUGCGCGGGAGCUCAACGUGCCGUUCGCUGUGCCCUACCUGGAAGGGCCCCCGACUCCUCUCCAGUUCUGCAGAGACUGGGUGUGUCCCAACAGGCCUUGCAUCAUCCGUAAUGCCCUGCAACACUGGCCCGCCCUUAAGAAGUGGACGUUCUCCUACCUCAGGGCCACCGUGGGCAGCACGGAGGUGAGUGUCGCUGUGACGCCAGAUGGUUAUGCGGAUGCAGUGCGUGGGGACCGGUUUGUGAUGCCUGCAGAGCGGCGGCUGCCUCUGGGAGCAGUGAUCGAUGUGCUGGAGGGCAAAGCCUGUCACCCUGGGGUGCUCUAUGUGCAGAAGCAAUGCUCUAACCUCUCCUGUGAGCUGCCCCAGCUGCUGCUUGAUGUUGAAUCCCAUGUGCCCUGGGCCAGCGAAGCACUGGGGAAGAUGCCUGAUGCUGUGAACUUCUGGCUGGGGGAAGAAGCAGCAGUGACAUCUUUGCACAAGGAUCACUAUGAGAACCUGUACUGUGUGAUAUCUGGGGAGAAGCAGUUCCUCUUACACCCUCCCAGUGACCGACCUUUCAUCCCUUAUGAGCUGUAUACGCCAGCAACCUAUCACAUGUCUGCGGAUGGCUCCUUCAAGAUGGUGGAUGAGGAGGCCAUGGAGAAGGUGCCUUCAUCUCAGGUGUGUCUGCUCUCUGUUCGGGUCCUAAAGGCCCAUGGCUUUCCAUCCAAAGACAUAUUAACCCCCUCUGACAGCUAUGUGAGCCUAUGGCUGCCCACAGCUUCAAGUCAAGAAUUUCGGACACGUACAGUAAGGAACUGCAGUAACCCUGUUUGGAACCAGACCUUCUGCUUCCGGAUCCAUCACCACGUCAAGAAUAUGCUGGAGCUGAAAGUAUUUGACCAGGACCAUUUGACCAAAGAUGACCCCGUAUUCUCUGUGCUCUUUGAUGUGGGGACUCUGAAAGUUGGGGAGAGCCAGCGGGAGAGCUUUACCCUUAAUCCUCAGGGCAAGGAAGAGCUGGAGGUGGAGUUUUGGCUACAAAAUCUGCCAGCAUGCCCUGAACAGCUCAUCACCAAUGGUGUCCUUGUGGCCCGAGAGCUUUCCAGUUUGGAUGUUCAGCUAGAAAAGAUGGGGAGCAUACAAGAUAACUCAGAGUCAGAUGGUGGAGUCGAAGCCCUAGUGUUGGGGUCCUAUGAGGGCAGCCAGACUGUCACCCCAGGCAGCAACCCCAUCUGCUUCCACUCUCCAGCUUGCUGGGAGUCAGAGCUAAGUGUUAAGCUCCAGGGAACUUCUCAGGAGGCGCUGAAGGUGCCAUUGAAGUCACUACCUUCCGGUCACGCGGUGAGGGUCUCCUUACCCACAACAGAGGAACUGAUGAUGCAGCUGAAAGCCAAGAAAGGCCCUGAGGAGCUGGCAGUGCGCCUGGACUUUGGGCUGUGUGAAGAGGAGCGGGUGUUCCUGAGGAAGAGGAAGCAGGUGGUGGCCAAAGCCCUGAAACAAGCCCUGCAAUUAAAGGAAGAGCUGCAGGAGGAUGAGAUUCCAGUGGUGGCCAUCAUGGCCACAGGCGGAGGGAUCCGGGCAAUGACUUCCUUGUAUGGGCAGCUCUCAGGUCUGAAGGAGCUGGGACUUUUGGAUUGUGUCUCCUACAUCACUGGAGCCUCUGGUUCCACAUGGGCCAUGGCCAACCUAUAUGAGGAUCCAGACUGGUCCCAGAAGGACUUGGCAGGGCCUACAGAAGCAGUGAGGGCACAAGUGACCAAGAGCAAACUGAGCAUACUGGCCCCUUCCCGGCUACGGCAGUAUCGGCAGGAAUUAAAGGAGCGCGCCCAGCAGGGCUACCCUGCCUGCUUUACUAACCUAUGGUCCCUACUUAAUGAGGCCUUGCUACAUGAUGAGCCCCAUGACUACAAGCUGUCAGACCAGCAGGAGGCCCUGGAGCAUGGUCAGAACCCACUGCCCAUCUACUGUGCCCUCAACACCAAGGAGAAGAGCCUGAGCACCUUUGAGUUUGGAGAAUGGGUGGAGUUCUCCCCAUAUGAGGUUGGCUUUCCCAAAUACGGUGCCUUUGUCCCUGCUGAGCUUUUUGGCUCCCAGUUCUUCAUGGGGCGACUGAUGAAGCGAUUACCUGAGUCCCGGAUCUGCUUCUUGGAAGGCAUCUGGAGCAACCUUUAUGCAGCUAAUCUUCAAGACAGCCUAUACUGGUCCUCAGAGCCUGACCAAUUCUGGGAUCGCUGGGCUCAGGAUCAAGUCACCUUGGACAAGGAGAGAACACCCUCUCUGAAGAUGGAAGAGCCGCCCUCCACCACAAGCAAAAUUGCCAAAUUCUUUACGGACCUUUUAACCCUGCGCCCCUUGGCUGCGGCCUCUCACAACUUCCUGCAUGGGCUGCAUUUCCACAGGGAUUACUUCAAGCACCCGCAUUUCUCUGCCUGGAAAGGCACCAAGCUGGAUGGGCAUCCUCACCAGCUGACGCCUGUGGAGCCACACCUCUGCCUGCUGGACGUCGGCUACUUCAUCAACACCAGCUGCCCUCCUCUGCUGCUGCCCACCCGCCAAGUGGACCUUAUCUUGUCAUUAGACUACAACCUCCAAGGCCGCUUUCAGCAGUUGGAAUUGGUGAGCCGGUACUGCCAGCAGCAGGGGAUCCCUCCCCCCAUCACUCUGAGUCCGGAGGACCAGGAGUUGCCUCAGGAAUGCCACAGAUUUUCUGACCCUGAGUCUCUAGCUGCCCCUGUUGUGCUCCACUUCCCCUUGGUCAAUGACUCCUUUCAGCAUCACUCAGCUCCUGGCGUCCAGCGGAAGCCUGAGGAACUGGCAGCAGGGGAGGUGAACUUGACCUCUUCUGGUUCCCCUUAUCAUUACACGAAGGUGACGUACAGCGAGGAGGAUGUGGACAAACUACUCAGCCUCACCCGGUAUAACAUCUGCAACAAUCGAGAGCGGCUCCUUCAGGCCCUUGGGGAGGCCGUGCAGCGGAGGAGACAGCGGAAUGGUCAGGGGCAGUCAUGAUGGGAGGUCAGCUGCUUCGGACCACUGCGACCAGAUGAACUGGACUUCUGGUCUGCCAUCCUACACCCCCUCCCCCCUCACCUCCCUCAACCUGCAGACUUCUUCAUGCACUCCAGAGUUUCAAAGGUGGGGGGACUGAUUUGGUUUCUUGGGUACCCAAGUUCCAUCUAGUUGAGGCCUUCUUGGCUCUUAUACCCUGUGGCCAAACCUUGGGAAUGUCCUAGACAUGAGGUCCACGUCAGCUUGCUUCUGAAUCUACUACCACUUUCAGCAAGAAGUUCUGGAGAACCAUGGGGAGGGUGCUGCAGAAAUGAAGACCCAGGGAGCACGCCUUAUCAAAAAUACCUGUUCGAACCACCAGGGAAAAGAAAAGACAGCAACCCCAAUGCAGCUGUGCAUCCUGUGCUAUUUUCAUGUGCCCCUCCAUGGAGAGGGCAGGAGGCUUGGGCCCCUGUUUUCUUCCUUGGGGAAUGUGAAAUGCCAGAUCAGACAGCCCAUAGCACUCACCAGUUGUGGUGGGAGGUCAUCUGGGAAGUGUCUCCGUGUGUGUUUGUGCAUAUGUAUUCAUGUGUAUGUAUGUAUGUAUGUAUGUGUAUAUAUGCAUGUGUGUGCAUGUGACAGGGUUGGGGAGAAGGAUGGAGAGAUAGGAGAAGAAGGAUGAGAGGAAAGCAGUUGGAACACAGACUGGUUCCUCUGAAUGGGUGGACUAUAUUUGAUAUAAAGAAUCAAAGCCCUAA